CUGACCAGGCCGGAGGGAGAGGAAAUAUGACGGCGGAGCUACUCCGGGCUCUGCGUGGUGGGCCAGGGACUCGCUGCCUGUCUCUGAAGGCGCGGGGGCUACGCCGCCUGCCGCGGGGGUUGGGGAAGAUGAAGGGCCUGGAGAGACUGAGCUUGCGGGACAACAGCCUGCGCCGGCUGCCCCAGGAUAUGAAGGCUCUGGGCCGGUUGAAGGUACUAAAUUUGGGAAAUAAUAAUUUUGAGGAGGUUCCAGAGCAGCUGAAAUACCUCAAGUCUUUGCAGACUCUUCAUUUGUUUAGAAACAAGAUUACCAGAAUAUCACCCUUAAUAUUUGAUGGAUUGCAAAAUUUAGUAUUCCUCAAUUUGAACAGCAACCAACUUAGUUAUCUUCCUCCAGAGAUACAAAGGCUUGAACAUCUUGAAUGCUUGAGUUUAGACAAUAACCAACUGCAAAAAAUUCCCAAAGAAUUCUGUUAUCUCCGAAAGUUGUGUGAACUCCAUUUGUUCAACAAUUCCAUCACUGCACUCCCUGAAGAGAUUAAAUACCUGAGAAAACUCAAGAUCUUGAUUUUGUCAAGAAACCAAAUAGAAGAACUUCCUGAUGGACUUUGCAAAUUGAAGAGUCUUAGAGUUCUAGAUGUAGCAGGAAACAAUAUCCAGAUCUUCCCAACAGCAAUGGAAGAUCUUGAACUAGAGGAACUUUAUUGUGAAAGUAAUCCAUUGCUUCAGAAACAUCCAGUUAGUGCCAUACAAGAGGAGGACAUUUUGACUCUUAAGGAACUGACUGCAAGAUUUAUUCUUGAUCAACUGGAAAAGAAAAACUUUAAUUUACACAAAGCGCUAAAGCAGAACUUAAAUGCACAGAGGAUGCUUGCCCAUAAACAAGAAUGUGCUCAGUGCAGACGUGGCUUUCUGGGUAUGUGGCUAGAAUGUGUACAGUUCGUGGAUAUAAGACAGCGAAUGAAGACUAGCAGAAACUUGGAGCUCUUACCUGUCAAGGCACUUCUGUGCUCAUACAAAUGCUUUAAUCACAGCGGCCACAAACUCUUUGGGAUUGCUGUACCCUAGAGCAAGCAAUAAACCCAGGAUCUCACCCAGCUGGCAAGUUGCAACUAUUGUGACACUCUGAAGAACGGAAACAGAACAUAGCAUUUUGUGCUAUAUCCAUAUUCAAUGUGAAAUACACAGUUGUGUUGGAACAA